AUUGUGCGCACGAUCACCGUUGCGCACACGCUGACAGUCAGUCGCCGCGAUAUCUCAACUUCGAACACUUGAGAAUCAAGCAUUCUUAAAAAAACAAUUCAAAAUCAUGUAUAAAAACUAAAUUCAUAAAUCGAAUUUUAUAUUUUUUACGUUUUUUUUUUCUGUGACAGUGUUCUUAAUUUGAAUUAUGGGUGUGUUUGAAUGUGUGGUGGCCAGUAAAAUGAAUCCUACUGAAAGCACGGAGGUUUUUACUAUAAACAUGGCUUCGAACGAAACUUUGAAUGAACCUGUGCGAUUGAGAAGAGAUGUGGAGUCCCAAUCUACGAAAACCAAUUUCUGGAACAGACAUGGCUUAUGGUGGACCAUGGGCAUUGAUUUGCCUCUCCUUCUGAUAUUACUAGCUCUGAUUGGACUAUUCGAGAUGGGGGUAAUCCCGAACCAUAAGGCUGGCUUCUACUGCAACGACCCAGCGCUAAGCUUCCCCUUCAAUGGAGACACGGUCACCUCACAAGUGCUAGUUUCUACGUUGCUGAUAAUGCCUAUAGUAAUUGUUGCUAUAACGGAGUACAUAUUCCUAGCAGCAGAUUUCUCUCAGUCAAGAAUACUACAGACUUGCAAGAAUACGUUCUAUCUAUACAGAACUUAUGUCUACGGUCUUCUCAUCAACUUGUGUGUAGUUGAGGUCAUGAAGGGUCUCGUUGGCAAUCCUAGGCCCACCUUCUUCGAUCUAUGCGAGCCUGAUGCUGCCAAGACUUGCAAAGGUUCUGAGUUCGUGGCAGACUUCAAGUGCACGUCUCAGCGGUUCUCGAGCUGGUACCAGAUGGACUCCUACCGCAGCUUCCCUUCAGGACACACUUCCAUGUCUGUUUACUGUGGACUCUUUAUUGCGUGGUACCUCCAACGUCGAGCCUUCAACUGGCGUCACCGCACCAUCUUCCUGGUUCCUGUACUGCAACUCCUCUGCCUCACCUAUGCUGCUGUCUGCUCGCUCACCAGGAUCACGGACCAUAGACAUCAUUGGUGGGAUGUGUUGGUCGGCGCCAUUGUCGGUGUUGCUAGUGUUUAUUAUGCUGUCAUCAUCAGCUCAAAUUUCACUUACUACCACUCAAGAGCCAGCGAUGCGAAAUCAGAAGAAAGCAGAAGAACCAUGAGAACUUUAAUAUACGACGAGCAACGACCGGUUACAGUGCCCUAGUGUUGUGAACAUUAUCUUAGGACUCGAUAACAAAUUGUAGGAGAAAAAACAUAGGAAAAUAGUACUUAUAGGAAUGGUAGGUCUAAUAGACCAGAAAUAAUAGAAUUUAGCCAUGUAACUCCUUAGAUAUGUCAUUAUUUGAAUUCGACGUGGAUUUGCAAAGAGUUUGCGAAUAAAAAACCAUUUUUUUUUCUGGGACUCGAAUUAUUUAUAAAGAAAAUUAUGAUGUCACAAUUUUUUCUGUUUUUUGGAGUGGUAUCUUAUAAAGUCAUGAAUAUCGUAAUUUUGCGAGUUCCGUAAAAUAUCGUUAUUCUUGAUUUUAUUGCAAAAUAUUUGACUUGACUAAAAUAUUCCAGAUUUAAAAAAAGAAAAAAUAAAGCACUGAAAAUGUUAACAAAAUGCAACUUAGUACCCGCCAUAUUAUAGUUUAGACAUGAGUUCAGUCACGGGAACUUAAAGUUAAGUUUAUGUUAAGUUAAAGCAUUUUAUGUCAAAUCCACAACUAUCAUGUAAAUACUAUUGUGGAAAUAAGUUAUUUAUUAAGCACCAUGUGACAGGCAUACAAUUUUGUGUCAGAAUGCAUUUUGUAUGCAAUGCAAGAAAUAUAAAUUAUUUACGUACACAGAACAUAGCUGUCUGAUUUCUCGCAAAAUAUCUAUGAGGUAACUUUCAGAUUGCUAAGUUACUAUGUAUUAUUGAUACUUGUAUUUUCUAUAUUAUGUAAAUAAUAAGAGUUUUUUUUUUGCUAUGGAUAUAUAUCUUAAGUACAUAUAAAAAUUUUCCUACUAAGCUAGGAACUCGAAAAACUCGAUAGAAAAAUUGGUUUUACUUAUUUUUCUACAAUUUCCAAGUUUCAUGAUAAAUAGUGUUAAUGUGUUUGACAAUUAAAUGACAAUGCAUUAAGUAUAUGAUUAAGUAUACCUUUUUAGUAUUAAGUAGCUGUACCUAUUUAUGUUAUCUAGGUACUAUUUAUUAUAGUUUGAAAAUAGUUAGAUAUCAGUAUUAGUAGAAAAUUAAAAAAGACAGUGAAUUCGAUGAAUUUGUGUUAAGUAGAAAAAUUACUUUAGUUAUAAAACGAAUAAUACUGUAUAAGUUAUUUUAAAUAAUAACUGAAAACUGUUAAGUUUUUGUUAAAUAAAAUGAAUAAGAAAUAUA